AUGUGGCGAGACAAGGCGGCCAACGACGACGUGGCGGGGUUUGUACCUUCUACAAAAUCCUUUUGCAUAUUUUGGUCCACAUCUUACAUCUUACUCUGUAUAGAGCUAGGAUGGCUGAAAGUUCUUAAUCUUGGGAGGGCGUGUCCUCGUGAUUCACCUAAAUGCGCUUCCCCGGUUGCUGCAGGUGCAUACAUCCAAGGCUUCAAGCGACCGGUGCCGCAUUGUUUUGUUGCAACCGGACGCACGUUACAAUCCUUUAGCCGCCAAGGAUGGAUAGGAGAUUUUAUAAUCGUACUACUAGACCAAAUCGAUUGCGAGCACUUGGAUGAGAUGAUCCACUUGCGUCUGCUAGACGGUGCUUGCCACUCUCUUUUGCCGUCCAGCGUAUGUUUCAUCGCUGUGAACAGUGGAGUCCUGAACCGAGGUAGUACCAACUCGAUGUGGAAACACUCUUCCUAUUGGACAAAGUUAGACGAAUAA